AAAUGGAGCGAACUGACCCGAAAGCGCGCGAAUCACCAGAAAUUCCCAAUUUGAAAAAUCCUGCCGAGAAAAAAUGUCCCUAAUUCACCGAUCGCCACCGUAUCACCGCCGUACACCGCCCUAUCUCCAUCUCAAUCUCACCGCCUCCCGUCGAUUAACCACCACAAGCACUCUCAAUUUCCCCAUACGCGCCUCCGCCUCCACCACACGCGCCACCACAAACUCCGUUAAAUUCAUUUCUUCGAUCACCUCAUUGUCUCCAAUCAAACCCUACCUCCUCUCAGAAUGGAAACCGAUUCUCUCCGGCUGGAUCAGUAGUGCAAUAUCCGUUUACGCUCUCUCGAAAAUCGUUCCGAAAAUGGGAAUAUUUUCAUCUCUUAUGAAUUCGAUGGAUAUCGUAAAGCUAAGAGAGGAGUGUUUAGUAUUAGGAGGUUUGUUUAUCGUUCGACUUAUCGGUAAUUAUCUGCAGCAAGUGUUUUUAUGGGAAGCUUCAUUGAAUUGUGUAUAUAAGAUGAGAGUUUGUGUUUUUCGUAAGGUUUUGGAGAGAGAUCUAGAGUUUUUUGAAGGUGAAAAUGGGAUAUCUGCUGGAGAUGUUGCGUAUAGGAUUACUGCUGAAGCUUCUGAUGUUGCUGAUACUGUUUAUUCUCUCUUGAAUACAAUUGUACCAAGUAGUCUUCAAUUAUCAGCAAUGGCAGUUCAGAUGUUGGUCAUCAACCCUGGUCUAUCAUUACUUUCCGCCCUGGUGAUUCCAUUGAUGGGCCUUGUGAUUGGUUACUUGGGCGAAAAACUUCGUGAUGUGUCAAACAAGGCACAUCUUGCUGUUGCUUCUCUCUCUUCCUAUCUGAACGAGAUCCUCCCGUCAAUUCUUUUUGUGAAGGCAAACAAUGCGGAGUCCUGUGAAUGCAAGAAGUUCCAGUCACUUGCUUUUGCUGACUUAUCUGCGACCAUGGAAAAGAAGAAGUUGAAGUCAUUUAUUCCUCAGUUGGUGCAGGCAAUAUAUUUUGGCACCUUAUUCACAUUUAGCGCUGGCACACUGCUAGUUUCAAAAGGUUCAUUUGAUUGCUCUGCCAUGGUUUCUUUUGUAACAUCCCUGGUUCUGUUGAUCUCCCCAAUCCAGGAUGUGGGAAAAGCAUACAAUGAAUUAAAACAAGGAGAGCCAGCAAUUCAACGCUUAUUUAGUUUGACAAGGUUUGAACCGGAGGAAAUUGUGAACCCAGAUGCUGUUGGCUUAGAUUGUGUUGCUGGAGAAGUAAAAUACUCUAAUGUCUCUUUUAGAUAUGGAGACAAUGGACCUCUUAUACUGAAAAACAUGGACUUACAUAUUAAAUCUGGAGAAAUAGUUGCCCUCUGUGGAUCAUCAGGAGGAGGAAAAACGACUCUUGUAAAACUCCUCCUUCGCUUAUACGAUCCUUCACAAGGUUCCAUUUGCAUUGAUGGUUUGGAUAUUAGAGGCAUACAAAUCGAGAGUUUGAGGAGAAAUAUUGGUCUGGUCUCUCAAGAUACAACAUUAUUUUCUGGAAGUGUUGCCGAGAACAUUGGAUAUAGGGAUAGAAUGACUGGCAUUGAUAUGAAUAGAGUGAAGCUUGCUGCAAGAACUGCAAGUGCAGAAGAAUUUAUUGAAGCACUUCCUCUUAGCUAUGAGACGAAUGUUGGACCUAGGGGCUCAAUUUUCAGUGGAGGGCAGAAGCAAAGAAUAGCUAUUGCUCGGGCACUUUAUCAGGAUCCGUCUAUUCUGAUAUUGGAUGAAGCGACUUCAGCAUUAGACAGCAAGUCAGAGUUGUUGGUGAGACAAGCUCUGCAGCGCCUGAUGCAAAACCGUACUGUACUAGUGAUUGCUCACCGCUUGGAAACAGUUCUAAUGGCUGAACGAGUUUUCCUUUUAGAGGAUGGAUACUUGCGGGAGGUUCCUCGCUCCUCUCUUUUGAACGGUUAGAAUGGCUCACUGGCACCGAUGACUUUAACAAUAUGAUGUUUAUAUGAAGGUAAAGACCCACUUCUUGGAAAUGAAUAUGCAUUUGUUGCGGAAGUAUGGAUGUAUAUCCUAACACUCAUCCUUCCAGUGUAAGCUCGUCACGUCAAAUGCUCCCGUUCUUGGUUACAUCCACGAGUGCCAUAGACCACCAACCGGUAGCCUCGUUCAUUUCAGUGUGACGGGCGAUAUAUUUGGUAGUCAGUAAAAAGCUAUUUGAACAUAGCGGAAGUUUAGUGCAACGAUUGCCCUUUUUUUUUUGUUUCACAUGCCACAACUCAGAAGUGUAAAUACUUUACUACGUUAGAAAAAGUAAAGAGGCAAUACAAUAGCUUUUAGUAUUUGCUACUGUCACGCUUUUCAAGGUAUAUAAAUGCUUUAUUGUA